GUUUGGGGUCAAUCAAGGAGGAGGAGAACGGGCAGCAGGAUGCUCCUGUGGAACCCCCAAGCUCCAGCCAGCAGCGGUCCCCAAGUGCCCAUCCCAGAGGAUCCCCACUCCCGGGGGACACCGGGAGCCGCGAGGCACCCAACACCUGCCGGGAAUGCGGGAAGAGCUUCCGUUGCCGCAAGUCGUUGGUGAACCACCAGCGGAUCCACGCGGGCGAACGCCCCUUCAGCUGCCAGGACUGCCGACGCCGCUUCAGAAGCCACUCCAGCCUUCUCACCCACCAACGCGUCCACGCUCCUGAGAAGCCCUACAAGUGUCCUGAAUGCGGGAAGAGCUACCAGUUCAGCUCCACCCUCCUACGGCACCAGAAGACGCACACGGACGAGCGACCUUACCGGUGCGAGGAAUGCGGGAAGAGCUUCCGGCACAGGUCAACGUUGACCGCCCAUCACCGCAUCCAUUCCGGAGAGCGGCCCUACAAGUGCGACGAGUGCGAGAAGACCUUCAAGAGCCGCUCGGAGCUGGUGCAGCACUGGCGGACUCACAUCGGCGAGCGACCCUACGACUGCUCCCAGUGCGGGCGCUGCUUCGGCACCAGUUCCCAACUGGCGCGCCAUAAGCGGACCCACACGGGUGAGCGACCCUACGGUUGCUCCCAGUGCGGGCGGCGUUUCGGCAGCAGCUCCCAACUGGUGCGGCAUCAACGG